AUGGCACCAAAUUUGGUUACAUUAUUAGGGUUCUGCUUCAUUAUCUUCAAUGUAUUAACAACUUUUUACUAUGAUCCAUACCUGAAUCAAGAGUCCCCCCGUUGGACCUAUUUCUCCUACGCUAUUGGUUUGUUCUUAUAUCAAACAUUCGAUGCUUGUGAUGGUUUACACGCACGCCGUACGGGUCAGCAAGGCCCUCUCGGUGAAUUGUUUGACCAUUGCAUUGACUCGAUCAAUACGACUUUAUCGAUGAUUCCUGUUUGUUCGGUCACUGGUAUGGGGUAUACUUACAUGACUGUUUUUACACAAUUUACGAUAUUGUGCAGCUUUUAUUUAAGCACAUGGGAGGAGUAUCACACUCAUAAAUUGUACUUAGCCGAAUUCUGUGGGCCAGUGGAAGGCAUUAUCACUUUGUGCAUAUCUUUCAUCUCGGUUGGGAUUUUCGGACCCCAGGUUGUGUGGCACACUAAAGUGGCAGAGUUUUCAUGGGAAAGCCAUGUUUUUGAAAUUGAAACUGUUCAUUUAAUGUACGCAUUUUGCACAGGUGCUUUAAUCUUUAAUAUCGCUACAGCACAUGGAAACGUCGUAAAGUACUAUGAAUCUCAAGAUGAAAAAUCUUCAGCUCCAGGUAAGGCUGAAGAAAAGGUUAGAGAAGCGCUCAAGGGUCUUUUACCAUUUUUUGCAUACUUCUUUUCGAUUUUCACUUUGGUUCUGAUUCAGCCAGCCUUCAUUUCUCUGCCCUUAGUUUUAUCGACUGGCCUUUCGAUUGCGUUCGUAGUUGGCCGCAUGAUUGUUGCUCAUUUAACUAAGCAACCGUUCCCAAUGGUGAACUUUCCAAUGUUUAUCCCAACCAUUCAAUUGUUCGCGUACGCAUUUAUGGUUUAUGUUUUAGAUUACCAGAAAGGUCAAAUAGCCUUUGCUCUGGGUUGGAUGGCGUUUGGUUUAACCCUUGCUAUUCACGGUAUGUUCAUCAAUGAUAUCAUUUACGACAUAACCACAUAUUUGGAUAUUUACGCUUUAUCGAUUAAGCAUCCAAAGGAGACUUAG